CCGGGGUCCGGCUCUCUCAGUCCACUCCUGGAGCUAAGAUGAAGGGGUUGCUGAUUCUGCUGACACUGGGCUGUCUCCUAGAGCGAGGAAAUACGGCGUACAUUCAGAGGAAGAACGCCGAAGGGAAUUCCCCAACAAAAGUACAAGAAUUACGAGAGCUGUUGGAUUACUUGAAGAAAUCUUUUCAAGAGGAAAAAAGAAACUCGGACGAUGACGGACGGAUAUCAUUCGAACCUGCUGAAGGAAAGAAAAACGACAAGCAGACAAAUGGAAACGCUGGGGGCCAAGUUCCUGUGAACGUUUUUACGUCGGGCAGUAAUACUCAAGGAACCAACCAAAACAAAAAGAGGACUAUUGAACAAAACAUACUUAUGGAAAAACAGCAGCUAUCAAUGAACAGACGAACACUGUCUACAGAGGCAGCUGAGUUCCUGAGGGUCCACAAUGAAAAGCGUAGAAUAGUCAGCCCAAAGGCCACAAAUAUGAGAGAGAUGGUGUGGGACGAAGGAUUGGAGACUAUAGCCAGGAACUACGCCGAAAAGUGCGACUUUAACCACAACAAACUCCGGUCCUCAUCAGUGGGGUACUAUGUGGGGGAGAACCUAUAUGUGAGCUAUGGGGACAUUUCACCGGAGGCAGCAGUCACCGCUUGGGACAACGAGAAAACUGACUAUGAUUUUGCUAACAACGUCUGUGAUCCCAAUAGUAAAUAUGGAUGUGGCCAUUACACACAGGUUACAUGGGCGGAAUCUGAAAAAGUUGGAUGUGCUAAGAAAUAUUGUAGCUCUGUAAAUGAUUUUACCACCAAUAAUCUGCCUGGAUACUUAGUCGUCUGCAACUACGGACCCGGGGGUAACGUUAACAAUAGAAGGCCGUUCUCCUCUGGUACGACGUCAUGCAGCAACUGUCCUACCGGUUACACGUGCGUUGACAGAUUGUGCAGCAAAUCUUCAGGUGGGAGUACCAAUCCUUGUGAAACCAAUCCAUGUCAGAAUGGGGGCACCUGUUCCUCGGAGUCCGGACAGGCGGUGUGUAAGUGUACUGCGGGGUGGACAGGGACUACCUGCCAAAGCCAAGAGACAACGACAACCAAUCCUUGCUCCACGAACCCCUGUAAGAACGGUGGUAGCUGCAGUGUAGAUGGCGACAAGGCGGUUUGUCAAUGUACAUCCGGGUGGUCAGGGAGCACGUGUGAAACCUACAACACUCAAGUGACUACCUCCGUUACUAUUUCAUGCAAUUUUGAAAUUGGAUUCUGUCUGAACAACUACGCAGACAACUAUGUGGACUUCAAUUUGUACAACUCUUUCACGAUGAAUAACGUUAAGAUCACGGCCGCCGAGGGUAGUGCGUUUGCUGCAGUGUACGCCCCUUACGUACAGGGCACGGUCUACUCCUACCUGAUGUCUGGGACACUGCCUGUCGCCGAUUUAAGUGUAUCCUUCAAGUACCGCGUGAUCGGAUCAGCACAGCUAGCCUUUGUUUACUUCACGGACGAGACGUCUUAUGUAAGCUCAGUCGUCCAGACUAGUGGGAGCAAUGGAUGGCAAGACUGGACCGGAAACAUACCUUCAGGGAGCGGCGGAUUUUUUUACUUCGAAGCCGCCCUAACCUCCUACUCUUUGGUGGUCAUUGACGAUGUACGUUACAGCUAUUCCAAUUGAAAGAAGCUGUGAAUGGAGCAGAUACAACAGAAAAAAAACAGAGCGACGCAUGUAUUAGAGAAUGCUGCAUAAAUGUAGAAUCAAUAUAAUUUUAUAAGAUACACGUAAUAAACAUUUUUUUUCAUUGCAAGUGCUGUUUUGUAGCUUUUUUCUUAUAUUUGGUAGGAACAAUGGAUUGGAAUACAAUUUGGAAUAUGUAACUAACAAAAAGUAGAUUUUAUAACAAAAUGUACAUUUUAUAACAAUAAUUAAAAAAUAAUGAAAGAAAGACAUAAAAAAGCUUAAAAUUACUAAAAAUAGAAAGCAAUAGAAAUCAAGAAGAAUUGUCACUUGUUAUUUUUGAAUAAAAACAAACUUAAAUUUUACCUUUAA